AUGUCAGUAACAAAAGAAGUACGAGAUUUUAUCAGCAACUCUUUAGCGGAGAAUAAUAGAGCAUUACUGACACAAAUUUCUAAACUAGUGAGCGAUUCAGCCGGAAAUUUGAAAAGAGCUAACGCCGAAGCUGCAGACGAACAACUGAGACAAGUAAAGAAGUUUAGAAGAGAAGAACCGAAGUCAUUUAAACGCAAAGGGAACGAAAUUCAGUACAAGUUUAUCUCAAAACUGCAGGAUUCCCUGGAGGAAGCGAAGACACACCUUGAAACAAACGCUGUUGAGAAAGCAAAGGAGUUGUUAACAGAAGGUACGUUACUCCUUACAAAUAGACAAAAGUUAAUUCUAUUAGCAGAUAAAUCUGAAUUUGGUUGGAAAACAGUCGAGGAAUAUUCACAGCACGAGCUGGCAGAAGAUGAAGAUGAUGGAAAGAAGAUACGUCGCGCCGAAGAAAGAGCUGAGAAAGCUUUGAAGUCUGCCUUCACUAGAAAGACUGCUAAGCAAGUCUCCUCAGUUUUCCGCCCUUCGAGUUCACGUUUUGCUCCACCGAGCCAAAGAGCUUCCUCUGAGCUCAGUUCCUGGCGUGGCCAGCGUGAUCGUUUAAACUUGUUUAAUCGCUCCUUGGUUGAUCGCCCAUCAAGACCUGGAAAUUGUUUCGCUUGUGGCAGACUCGGGCAUUGGAGGUCCGAAUGUAGUCAGAUUGCUCGUUCAGGGGCCGCCAGAGGUAAUCUUGAUCGUAGAUGACUGAAGAAUCAAUCCCUUGACGAACAAAGUAAGUGUGACAUUUCCGUUAUAAACCCUUUGUGUGAUUCGGAAAAUCUUUCCCGUCAAGGUCUCGUCCAGGAUUCUGAGAACCAUGAGGUUGAAUCUCCAGGUACUGGUGGCAGCUAUGACUCUGUUAUCCCACAGGUUUCUGUUAAAGGGAAGCUGUCUAAAUCCAUUGCGUUUUGGCAUUCCAUCGGAGCACCAGAUUUUAUCUUGAGUGUUAUCAGAGACGGUUAUAAGAUUCCAUUUAUUUCUACGCCGCCACCUCACCAUUGUAAGAACAAUUCAUCCGCCCUGGAAGAACGGGGUCUUGUUACUGAGGCUAUUUCGGAACUCUUACGUGACAAUCGCGUCGAGGAAAUAAUCUCUCCUCCGGAUAUCGUCAAUCCGUUGUCUGUUUCUGUUCAAGCUAAUGGUAAAAAGAGAUUGAUCUUGGAUUUAAGGCAUAUCAAUUUGCAUAUAUUUAAGUAGAAGUUUAAGUGUGAAGGCCUACAUACCAUCAAGAGUGCCUUAUCCAAAAAUUAUUUUGUAUUCUCAUUUCAUCAUGUAGAUAUUUUUCCGGACCAUCGCAAAUAUUUGGUUUUCUCGUGGGAUUUUGGCACAGGUGUUGACAGAUAUUUUCAAUUUACAGUUUUACCUUUUGCGCUUUCUAGUGCUCCUCUUAUUUUCACAAAGCUCCUAAAACCUUUGGAAGCCCACUGGAGGGGACAAGGAAUUCCAAUCGCUCUAUUUUUUGAUGACGGCAUAGGGGCGGGUUCGAAAUUAACAAAGAAAAGUCUAGUUGGGAGCCCGAGAGAAAAUUUUCUUGGAUUGGCUAUGAUAUUGACACUCAAACGGGGUUCAUAUUUGCAAGUGCAGUGAGAUUGGAAAAACUGUUAAAUGACCUUAAUGAGGUUUGUUCUGUUUUAGAGGCGUCUGCGUUCGUGCAUGUAAAGAGAAUCGCUUCUAUUGUGGGUCAAAUUAUUUCGAUGUCUCCUAGCUGUGGAAAUGUUACUCAAAUCAUGACUAGAUACUUGAAUCUAGUUAUCAAUACUCGUCAUUCCUGGAAUUCAAUGGUCGUUCUUACUGAUCCAGCGAAGGAGGAACUUAAAUUUUGGCGAGACAAUCUUAGAUCCUUGAAUGGAAUUCCUUUUUGGCAGAAGCCUUUUGUGCCGUCUAAGGAGAUAUUUUCAGAUGCUUCUUCCACUGGCUGCGGAGCCUUCUUUAAAGGUUCCAGCUUAAUUUGCCACAGAAAUUGGUCCACCGAAAAAUCUCUAAAAUCUUCAACCUGGAGGGAGUUAGUCGCCAUAACGUUCGCCCUUGAUUCCUUUGAAGAUCAUCUGGCUGGUCGGAGAAUUUGCUGCAAAACAGAUAGUCAAAAUGUCGUGAGAAUUGUUCAAGUUGGUAGCAUGAUUAAGGAGUUGCAAGACAUUGCUUUGGAUUUUUUUCUUUUAUGUUUGCGUCAACAAAUUCAGUUGGAUGUUUCUUGGGUACCACGAGAUUGUAAUUCGUACGCAGAUUUUGUGAGUAAGAUGGUCGACUUGGACGAUUGUUCAGUUCAUAAUGACAUUUUUCUCUUGCUCGAAGACCGCUGGGGUCCACAUUCGAUCGAAAGAUUUGCCUGCAGUUAUAACACCAAAUUGCCAAGAUUCAACUCCAGAUUCCUCCAACUCGGCACAGAAGCUGUGGAUGCGUUUACACAGGAUCGGUCAUCGGAAAACAACUGGCUUGUUCCAUCCAUCACACUCGUCGGUAGAUUGUUAAGUCAUAUGAGAGAUAUGAGAGACUGUAAGGCGGUUGGUUCUUUAAUCGUACCAAUGUGGAAGUCCGCGUAUUUUUGGCCGUUACUAUGUAAUGAUGGUGUGCAUUUAAAUUUUUUUGUAAAGGAUUGGUUGUUUCUCCCCAACAAACCGGAUUUGCUCAUCGAAGGUAAAGCAAAGAACAAACUGUUUGGUACUAAGGCAUUCAAGUCCCGAUGUUUGGCGCUUCGUAUUAACUUUGCAGAUUACAGUCGUCGUUCUUCAGUGGGUUUUUUUCACCUCCCCUUACGGCUUUUGUUCGGCUUGCCGAUCAAGAGUAUCCUGAGGUGUCUAGGGUAUUUAAAAUUGUGACUAGCGAAGUUUACAUUUCUUGACUGAAUUUCUAUUAUAUUGGUUGUUGUUGUUAAAUAAUGCAUAUUUUGUACUUUUAAGACAUUGUUCAGGUUAUUCUGUAUGCACCCCCGGUGUGCCGUGUUUAAAGCAGCCUGUGUGGCCCCCCGGUGGCGUUUGGCUCUAGUGUGACAUACUCUCCUUGGCGGAGUUAUACGUUUCCCAUUGUUUGGCUGCUUGCUAAAAAUCGCAGUGUGUGGAAAUACUUAGUGUGUUUAGAUGCAAUCAGUUAUGGGCUCACAUAUCAUGUUAGGUUUGUAUAUUGCUUAUGUUGGGGGCCCCCGGUGCCCGAAUCCACAAAGAAAAGUGUUUACCCUGGCAGUAUCUUUGAUCUGCGUCAUCCGUGGCUAAGAGAGUUGUUUCAUAAUUUUAUCAUUUCUUUGUUUUUCGCGUGGGGAGACACAACGUUGUAGUACUAGAUUAAAUGUGUACCCCUUGGUGUUACCAAGAGCAUUUGAAUGUCUUGUUUCGCGCUAUGGUCGACCCGAAUGGUAUUGAGGUUUAUAAUAAUCGCAGCCUAGGUGCUACGGAGAUUUUUAUCCUCCAUUAAUUUCUUGUUCGGAGAGCUUAGACUGGAGUCGGCGCAGCUAUGUUGUGUUUACAGUCCCAGCGAAUGUGUCUUCACUAUCGUAUUCUCGACCCCAUUCAGAUCUUAAAUGCCAUCGUUCGUACUACUUGUUUGCCUUUCCCCUUUUUGGUUUGUUUUUCCCUUUUUCAGAUGUGUUCAAUCAUGGCGUGUGGCAGUGCCUUCACGAGUUGAGUGACCCGACGCUGAGAAGUCUUGCGUCUAGACUGGAGUCAACUGUCAUUGCGUCAAGAGCACCAGGUACCACAGACGCCUAUAGGAGAGCUUUUCUGAGGUGGAAAGUGUUUGCCAGUUCCAAGAGGGAGAUUUGUGCUUUUCCUGCAAAGUCAAAGCAUGUGGCGUUAUACUUACAGCAUUUACUGGAUACUACCCAUUCCCACUCAGCGGUCGACUCUGCCAUAUUUCGAAUACAGUGGGCACACCAUUUGGCGGGUUUACCUUCCCCUACCGACAGCCCG